AUGGCGACGGCGCGGUUGGCCUGGGCCCUGCGGGCCGCCCCUGCGGGCGGGAGGCUGCGCGGCCCCCAAGGCACUGGGGGCGCCCGGAGGCUCAGCGGCAGCGCGUGGCGGCGGGCGGCCAGGGGCACCAGCCCGGGACGCCGGCUCAGCACCGCCUGGGCGCCGGCCCAGCCCGCCCAAGAGGAGGCCGAGGGCGCCGUGUACGACGCCCACUCGCCUGCAGCGGAGGAGCUGUCGUGGACACUGCCCCCCGCGCCCCCUGUGUCCCCCGACUCCCCCGGGCCCCCGGCCGGCCGCUCGCUGGUGCAGCGGGACAUCCAGGCCUUCCUGAACCAGUGUGGGGCCAGCCCCGGGGAGGCGCGCCACUGGCUCACGCAGUUCCAGACCUGCCACCACUCCGCGGACAGGCCCUUUGCCGUCAUCGAGGUGGACGAGGAGGUGCUCACGUGCCCUAAGGCCGUAUCCAGCCUGGCCUUCGCCCUGGCCUUCCUGCAGCGCAUGGACAUGAAGCCGCUGGUGGUCCUGGGGCUGCCCGCUCCCACGGCGCCCUCGGGCUGUCUUUCCUUCUGGGAGGCCAAGGCACAGCUUGCCCAGAGAUGCAAGGUGCUGGUGGACGCCCUGCGGCACAAUGCCGCCACUGCCGUGCCUUUUUUUGGCGGCGGGUCGGUGCUGGCCGCUGCUGAGCCAGCCCCUCAUGCCAGCUAUGGCGGCAUCGUCUCGGUGGAGACCGACCUCCUACAGUGGUGCCUGGAGUCGGGCAGCAUCCCCAUCCUGUGUCCCAUCGGGGAGACGGCCGCCCGCCGCUCCGUGCUCCUGGACUCACUGGAGGUGACCGCGUCCCUGGCCAAGGCGCUGCGGCCCACCAAAAUCAUCUUCCUCAAUACCACGGGCGGUCUGCACGACAGCAGUCACAAGGUCCUGAGUAACGUGAACUUGCCCGCCGACCUGGACCUAGUGACCACCGCCGAGUGGGUGAGCACCAAGGAACGGCAGCAGAUUCGGCUCAUCGUGGACGUGCUCAGCCGCCUGCCUCACCACUCCUCGGCCGUCAUCACCGACGCCCGCACGCUGCUCACCGAGCUCUUCAGCAACAAGGGGUCUGGGACGCUGUUCAAGAACGCCGAGCGGAUGCUGCGCGUGCGCAGCCUGGACAGCCUGGACCAGGGCCUCCUGGUGAACCUGGUCAACGUCAGCUUCGGCAAAAAGCUCCGGGACGACUAUUUGGCCUCGCUGCGCCCGAGGUUGCACUCUGUCUACGUCUCUGAGGGGUACAACGCGGCUGCCAUUCUGACCACGGAGCCUGUACUUGGGGGCACCCCGUAUCUAGACAAGUUUGUGGUGAGCUCCAGCCGCCAGGGCCAAGGCUCCGGCCAGAUGCUGUGGGAGCGCCUGCGGCAGGACCUGCAGACGCUUUUCUGGCGCUCCCGGGUCACCAACCCCAUCAAUCCCUGGUACUUCAAACACAGCGAUGGCAGCUUCUCCAACAAGCAGUGGAUCUUCUUCUGGUUUGGCCUGGCCGACAUCCGGGACUCUUACGAGCUGGUCAACCACGCCAAGGGGCUGCCAGACUCCUUCUGCAAGCCGGCUUCUGACCCAGGCAGCUGACCCUCUCUACCAGCCCUGCAUGCAGGCCCUGGGACAGCCAGGGUGGACCAAAAGCCAUGCCUGCUGAAGGUGACCCGAGGCAGCCACAGGCCGGACCAGGCUUGUUGGCUGAGUGAGCUGCAGAGAAGGCAGCAGCCCCUACUCUACCCUGCCCAGAGGAGGGCACCCACGUGAGGACAAGUGCAGGAAGGAGAAGGGCCUGCCCAAGACCCCCCACUUGCUCCAAAGCCACAACCAGAUGGCCUUGAAUUUUCAGUCUAGGGAUUUGGGGGGAGGAGGGCUUGCCUUUGAGGGCUCUACUCAAGGCUUAAGGGUGGGCCAGUGUCUGUGGUCUCUGUGCUGUUGUGAGGCUCCCUUUGCCCAAAAUAUCACCCACAUCUGCCUGAUAUUCCACCAUUCGUUUUAGUUCCUUCGGGUCUUGCAACUUUUCAGGAGACCUUGAUUAAAAUGCAAAUACUUGUCUGAAAGUCAGCUCACACUUGAAAUUAGCAGUGACCCUCUGGAAACAAGAUCUUGAGGGCUGGGGAACCUCUUCCUAGAGGGAAGAGAGGAGCUAAAUGAGGCCGAGGCCCCCGGAUGAAUGCUGCCGCCACCUCCCUCCCCCAGCUGUCAGCAGUAACCAAGAGAGACUCCCCUACCCCGUAGUUAGGAAACAUCUUCCAUGCCACAGACCAGACGGACAGCAGCCCCAGCUCCCUUUCCAGGCAGGGCUCAGGGCCAAGCCCAGACUUGGAUGUUUUCCCCUGGGCCCCCCUGGAGGUUGUGUCUCCAUCUUUGCAGGAAGAGAACAUCUCAGACGGGUAGGAGUCCAAAGCCCGAGGUUUCAUUUCACAUUUUUGUCCCCCACCGUGUGCCAGGCACCAUACUGGCUGCUGGGGCUACUUUCUGUCGGGAGGCGUGCGGACGAGUAGGGAGAGGGUCACCGUGGCACACACACACACGGAGCUGCUGUGACACAACGAACCCCCAAGAGAGGGCUGGUGUCACGUACAUAUCUGGGCGUGGGCAUCAGACAGACCUGACCUGGAGUCCAGCUCUGUGGCUUGAGGCAAGCUGCUCACCUUCUCUGAGCCUCCACUUCCUCACCUGUGAAAUGAAACCUCCUCAGCCUCACAGUGACACUUAAUAUCAGUUCUCUCCCUCUAGCUGCCCUCACCAAAGAUUUCUUCGAAAAGAGCUGGCACCAGAUGGGGAGGAAAAGAUAAGCCACAAGAGGGACUGAAGUGAAAGGUCAAAGCAUGUACUACAGGGAGCAUUCGGAGACUCUUGAAAAGAGAGCCAAAGGACUGUGGGAACUCUCAGAACAGGGGGAAGAUCAUGGGCGGAUCAAGGUGGGGCUUAACCAGAUAUGGUAUUUCAAGAAACCCAAGAUCAAUCCCAGCCAAUGGCUAAGUGCCCCGUGG